AGUUUGCUUGAAUCAGGAUCCAAAUAAGACUUUUAGUCGAUAUAUCAUUUAAUUUAUUUUAAUCUGUAAGUCUCUCCCCCUCUUUUUUUCCUUUUUUUUUUUUUUUUUUGAGACAGGGUCUCACUCUGCUGCCCAGACUGGAAUGCACUGGCACGAUCACAGCUCACUGCAGCCUUGACCUCCCGGGCUCAAUUGAUCCUCCCACCUCAGCCUCCUGAGUAGCUGGGACUAUAGACACACCACCAUGCCCAACUAAUUUUUGUAUUUUUUGUAGACCAUGGGGUUUUACCAUGUUGUCCAGGUUGUUCUCGAACUCCUGGACACAAGCCUUGGCCUCUCAAAGUGCUGGGAUUACAGGCGUGAGUCACCAUACCUGGCCCCAGUUUUAUUUGUUAAGGGAAUUGGGUGUUUGUCCUAAUUUUCUUCAUUCUAGACUUUGCUGACUAUAUCCCUGGGGAAUGUAUGUUAUGCUAUUUUGUGUCCUCAUCUUUUCAUAUAACUUAGCAAACAUUCCCCAUACUGCCACAGGGUUUUCACAAUCUGUCCUAAAUGGCUUCAUACUAUUCCAUCCAGUGGAUAUACUGUAAUUUUUUUCUUGGGCAUUUGGUUGCUUUCAGUUUUUCACUACUAUAAAUAUUGCUGGAAUGAACAUCCUGACACAUUGCAGCUUUUCCUGUACAUGGGAUGACUUCCUUAGAAUAUGCUACCAAAAGUGUAAUUAUGGCUCUGAGGCAUGAAGAAUUUUUCAGCUUCUUGGCACACAGUGACAAUUGUUUGUCCAAGGGUUUGUAUAUCCCCCAGCACGAAAUAAGAGAGCUGUCACUCACUCUGAAUAGUGCUUAGGGCUAUUCACAGCUGAAGAACGUUUGGGGAAGAUAUGGUAAUUAUGAGGGCCAAGAGAGAAGGAGAAAGAUGAUGACAGGGACUCCGGCUAAAUAAAGCAGAAAGUGAUCUGCAAUUUACCACAAACCUAGAGUGAGUCAGAACUCUGUUCAUUCCUAUUGUGAAAAAAAAAUCCUCGAUAACAGGAGUUAUUAAUAGUGCAUGACAUGUCCAGUAAUCUUUCUGUUAGACUCUGCAUUAGUCAGAACCUUAUUUGAGAUGUGGACUCAGUCUGGGUCACUGAACUUCAUAGAGAUGUCAGGAAACUGACCAAGAUCCAGAGGGAUCGAUCAACUUGAUGGAGGAUGAAGAAUCCCAGAGAAAAAUCAAAGGAGCCAAGCAGGCACACUUCGGAAAAAACAGAGACACCUUUCUUGCCUUAAUGCUGGGGAGGUUUCUGUGAAAAGAACAACGCUGGGUUUGCUUAUAUCUGCAGAAAGAUGACUAUAAGGAAAGGCACCUCCACAAACCAGGAGAAACUUCCACAGGACAUAGGCAGAGCUAUUUCAGACUCGGAUGAUUAUUUCGAUCUUGGGAUGAGCCCUUUUGGGGCCAUUGGCCCUGGAAAUAUUGAAGAAGCUGCCUGUUCUGCUCUGGGUGGUUCAAAUACCCACCUGCCUGGUGACCACUAAGUGCCUCUGGGGGUCCCACUCCAGCUGUGUGACAACUGUUUCCUGGCAGCCCCCUGGGGAAGGCAGGGUAGGUGUAGUCCGAGUAAAGUGCUCCCCAGUUUCCCUGGGCUAGCCUUUUCCUUCCUGUUCCCUCCCUUUCAGUUCAGGGUGCCAUGAACUGCCAUUCAGAGUCAGGUUGGCAUGCCAUGACAUCAUCUGAUCUUGCUAUUCCAGCCCUGCCCUGCAUAGAGUGGACUUAGAAAGAAGCUGGGUAAGGAGUUGAAACUACCCAGACAAGACCUCUUGGUGACAUGGAGAAUGGGAGUGACCGAGGAGACCUCAAGAGCCAUUUAGUUCAACCUCCUACAGUAAUAUUAAGUAGAUUCCUACAAUGCAACAGGUGCUUUACAUACAUUCUUUUGGGUUCCCACAACCUUGGAGGUGGGGUUUCACAGGUAUGGAAUUGGAGAUUAAGACAAGUAAUUUGCCCAGGGUCACACUGCCAAUAAAGGAGGGCCUACCCCAUGUCUACCAGGCAGUAAAGUCUGUGCCCUUGCCUUUAGACGAUGCAGAUGUGAAAACUGCAGACCAGAGCCUCUCAUUCAAAGCCACACAAGCUGACCUGAGACAGAAACUCAGGCUCCUUACUACUGAUAGAGGAAUCUAUGAUACGUAGCCUCUUCUCACGUCAGGUGCGGGGCGGCCAAGGAUGUGGCCCCCGGGGCAGCCUGGGCCAAGCGUGACUGAGAAGGAGAAGGCAGGCUCCGUUCUGGGCCCUCCAGACCCUCAUCCCAGCCAAUGUUGUGAAAAGCACUCUCCCAGGAGGGCCCAGCAGGGCAAAGGGCCGGGCUAGUCUGUUUCUGGAGGAGCCAAUCUGGGGCCAGGGCGGAGGCAGCCAGGUGCAGUGGAAAAACCCUGCAGUUGGGGUCAGAAUAUUUGGGUUUCGAUCCAGUCUAGGACCCAGCAAAGACCUACAGAAAGUUACUUACAAGUCCGAGUCUCCUCAUCUGCAAACUGGGGCACGGAUAAAAUACACUUGAAGGGCACAGAAGCAAAAGUUGGAAUUGUUACGCACCAAAAUUCUAUCAUCCGAUCUGACCAUCACGUCACGGUACAACUUCCAACCGUGCGUCGCCGAAGAGGCCGGGAACGGAGCCCAGGAAAAACUACAACUCCCAGGAGGCUCGGGAGGGCCGGCCCGGAGCCAGCGGAAGAAACUACAACUCCCAGAAGGCGUCGGGCGUGCCGGCGCGGGGCGGUGACGUACGGGGACCGGCGCGGAGCGCUGAUUCGGUCGGAGCUGCCAGCGGGGAGGCUGCAGCCGCGGGUUGUUACAGCUGCUGGAGCAGCAGCGGCCCCCGCUCCCGGGAACCGUUCCCGGGCCGUUGAUCUUCGGCCCCACACGCGGAGAGGGGCAGCAGGAUGAAUGUGGGCACAGCGCACAGCGAGGUGAACCCCAACACGCGGGUGAUGAACAGCCGUGGCAUCUGGCUCUCCUACGUGCUGGCCAUCGGUCUCCUCCACAUCGUGCUGCUGAGCAUCCCGUUUGUGAGUGUCCCUGUCGUCUGGACCCUCACCAACCUCAUUCACAACAUGGGCAUGUAUAUCUUCCUGCACACGGUGAAGGGGACACCCUUUGAGACCCCAGACCAGGGCAAGGCGAGGCUGCUAACCCACUGGGAGCAGAUGGACUAUGGGGUCCAGUUCACGGCCUCUCGGAAGUUCUUGACCAUCACACCCAUCGUGCUGUACUUCCUCACCAGCUUCUACACUAAGUACGACCAGAUCCAUUUUGUGCUCAACACCGUGUCCCUGAUGAGCGUGCUUAUCCCCAAGCUGCCCCAGCUCCACGGAGUCCGGAUUUUUGGAAUCAAUAAGUACUGAGAGUGCAGCCCCUUCCCCUGCCCAGGGUGGCAGGGGAGGGGUAGGGUAAAAGGCAUGUGCUGCAACACUGAAGACAGAAAGAAGAAGCCUCUGGACACUGCCAGAGAUGGGGGUUGAGCCUCUGGCCUAAUUUCCCCCCUCGCUUCCCCCAGUAGCCAACUUGGAGUAGCUUGUAGUGGGGUUGGGGUAGGCCCCCCGGGCUCUGACCUUUUCUGAAUUUUUUGAUCUUUUCCUUUUGCUUUUUGAAUAGAGACUCCAUGGAGUUGGUCAUGGAAUGGGCUGGGCUCCUGGGCUGAACAUGGACCACGCAGUUGCGACAGGAGGCCAGGGGAAAAACCCCUGCUCACUUGUUUGCCCUCAGGCAGCCAAAGCACUUUAACCCCUGCAUAGGGAGCAGAGGGCGGUACGGCUUCUGGAUUGUUUCACUGUGAUUCCUAGGUUUUUUCGAUGCCACGCAGUGUGUGCUUUUGUGUAUGGAAGCAAGUGUGGGAUGGGGCUUUGCCCUUCUGGGUAGAGAGCUGUCUAAUCCAAGUCCCAGGCUUUUGGCAGCUUCCCUGCAACCCACCCUGGGUCCUGGUUGGGAGUGGGGAGGGUCAGGUUGGGGGAAGAUGGGGUAGAGUGUAGAUGGCUUGGUCCCAGAGGUGAGGGGGCCAGGGCUGCUGCCAUCCUGGCCUGGUGGAGGUUGGGGAGCUGUAGGAGAGCUAGUGAGUUGAGACUUAGAAGAAUGGGGCCACAUAGCAGCAGAGGACUGGUGUAAGGGAGGGAGGGGUAGGGACAGAAGCUAGACCCAAUCUCCUUUGGGAUGUGGGCAGGGAGGGAAGCAGGCUUGGAGGGUUAAUUUACCCACAGAAUGUGAUAGUAAUAGGGGAGGGAGGCUGCUGUGGGUUUAACUCCUGGGUUGGCUGUUGGGUAGACAGGUGGGGAAAAGGCCCGUGAGUCAUUGUAAGCACAGGUCCAACUUGGCCCUGACUCCUGCGGGGGUAUGGGGAAGCUGUGACAGAAACGAUGGGUGCUGUGGUCCUCUGCAGGCCCUCACCCCUUAACUUCCUCAUGCAGACUGGCACUGGGCAGGGCCUCUCAUGUGGCAGGCACAUGUGGCGUUGUGAGGCCACCCCAUGUGGGGUCUGUGGUGAGAGUCCUGUAGGAUCCCUGCUCAAGCAGCACAGAGGAAGGGGCAAGGCGUGGCCUAUAGGCACUGUCUCAGCCUGCAGAGAAGAAAGGCCAGGAGCCUGAGCCUGGGCUGGAGCCUUCUCCCCUCCCCAGUCGGACUAGGGGCAGUGUUAAUUUUGAAAAGGUGUGGGUCCCUGUGUCCUCUUCCAGGGGUCCAAGGGAACAGGAGAGGUCACUGGGCCUGUUUUCUCCCUCCUGACCCUGCAUCUCCCACCCCGUGUAUCAUAGGGAACUUUCACCUUAAAAUCUUUCUAAGCAAAGUGUGAAUAGGAUUUUUACUCCCUUUGUACAGUAUUCUGAGAAACGCAAAUAAAAGGGCAACAUGUUUCUGUU